CCAAAUGGCCACUUUCCAAUUCGACAUACGCAGCCUCUUUCCCCAGCCCAUUGUCAAGGUCACCUCAAACUUAUUGCCGCACACAUUUCACGGCGAUCAGCGUCAGAUCGUAGCUACUUCCGCAAAGAUGGCAGCUAUCAUCGAUCAUCUGGGACAACUCUCAGCCGUGGCACAAAAUCUGACUAAACCAGUUACAACUGCACAGAAACUUCGCUCGUCCGACAAUCAAGUCGUCUAUCUAAUGGCCGAUGUGGGCGACUGCGAUGGGCGUGGGGAUGAAGUCAUCGGUUUGCUAAAGAUCGGCACCAAAGAUUUGUAUCUGUUUGAUGAAUUUGGUGAAACCAGAAAAGUCGACAAAGCUCCCUGCAUACUGGAUUUUUAUAUACACGAUUCCCGACAGCGCACAGGUUUGGGGAAGAAACUCUUUCAAACCAUGUUGAGCGAGGAGAAGUGGGUGCCCGUCAAAUGCUCGGUGGAUCGGCCAUCCGAAAAGCUGUUGGGAUUCCUCAAGAAACAUUACGGUCUGGAACGUGCAAUACCACAGGCGAAUCAUUUUGUACUCUACGACGGAUUCUUUGAGCGCGAGGGGGAGGGCAGCAACGAGAAGGCAAGUGAUGUGACGCGGUCACGAAAAAUGCUUAUGGCCAAUAGAUAUCUGUGA